ACAGGUAUCUUUGAAAAAAAAUUGAACGCGAAAGCCAUGGAUGAUUAUUCUUGAUCAAGCUUCGUCAUGCAAUCAACACAUGGAGACGGAACUUCAUUUGCAGGAACUCCAACCGGACUUUUUCACUCUUUUCCUUCUCUUCCCUUCUCCUCCUCCUCACCACCAACCACCAGUGUCUCUUUGCGGCCGUUGCCCCUGUUCUUACUAACGCUUGCUGCUUUGAACCGACUGCCACCUUCUUCCUCUUCCAGAUUUGGAAGAGGAAACACGAAGAGGGGUUCUUCAAGUCUUCCACUUCCUUCCUCUUCCUUCGUGGAAGAGAGGGGCUCCUCUUCCAGAUCCGGGAGAGGAAGUUCCUCUUUUAGAUGAGGAAGAGGUGGCGACCGAUUCAAGGGGAUGGCGACGGGCGGAGAAAGGACUACCAAUGGUGGCGGGGAUUAGACGGCGGCAGUGGUGAGGUAAUCGAAGAAGAGGAAUAGGCAGAGGAGGAAAGAGAAAGAAUGUCAAUCAUCCACAAAUAUAUUAUUAAAUUAAAUAUAUUUUGUCAAGUCACAAUUGAAUGGUCCGUUCAGGAAUCAUUUAAAACUAUUUCUCAAACUUCAUGGACAAAAAAUGUCUAUUUUAAAAUUUCAGGAACCGAAUAGAUACCUACAGGGAUCAAAAUUGUAUUUUACCCAUAAAAAUAUAUACAGUUUAUAAGGUUAAACAAAGGCAUUCAUGAUUAUCCAAAAAAAAAAAGAGAAGAAAUAAUCAGAAGCAAUUUGAAGAUAGGGUGGGAGGCGUGCCUACUACCAUGGUAGAACUUCAAGUAGUUUUGAUGUUUAUUCUCGAGGAAUUCAACUAAUAAAUCGAUUUUGGUGAUUGAUGCUGACACUGGAAAUAAGGUUAAAAACAAGUCACUCUUAUAAAUAUAAAUACAAAAGAGAUUCUUCUCCCUUUUGAAUAUGUGUUGAUCCAUUGGUUUAUAUGGACCAGAUUUGAAACCACAAAGAUAGCUAAUCAUAAGCAAUUUAAACAUAUUCACACAAGGGAAGCAUUAAUGGCACAUUAAAUAAAAUACCAUUUAGAAACAGAAUUGUGAGCCUCUUUUGAAUUUAUGUGUCACUUGAUUUUGGACCUUAUUUUAACCGUUACCAUAAAUGGAUCUAUUGAUUCUCAAAUUUAACAGAAAAAUGUCAUAACUUCCUGAAGUUGCAGUCGUCAAAUUCCUUCUGACAAGGCAUCUUUGUCAUUUCUCCUUUAUUAUUAUUGCUUAACUUCGUCAGAAACCGCGUGGUACAAUAUUUUUAUGCAUUCCUCUAAGAUUAUCUUUCAUUCCUUUAACAUCUCUUGAAUAAGCUUGUUACAAAAGUUGCAUCUAAUAUAAUUAUUGCAAUUUUCAUUUUCUAUGUUCUUACAUGCUUGAUCUUUUUUAGCUCCUUAAUUUAAUGGUUCUUUUAACAUUUCCAACCAUCUCGAUGAUAAAACAUAAGCGUUGGAAGGUUUAGGAAAUUUUUUUUUUAAAAAUAUCGAUGUAAUAAAAGAGGGAAAAAAUAAAGAAAGUGGUAAACUCUUAAUAAAGUUUGUAGCUCUUAUAAGUGAGGUGUCGUUGUUAUAGGAGCACCCUUUGACAGAUUUUACCUAUAUGAGUGUGAGAGUGUAACCGCUCUAUAAGGAUAUAGGGCUUAUCCUAAAAAAAACAUUCACGAAAUAUUGGGAUCAGCCCCAUGCCUUAAAGUGCUAACUAUUAAAACUCAUAUCUAACACCGGAUGAUUACAUGUGAUAAUAAUUAUUUAUUUCCUCUUUAGCAUUAUAUUAGAGUUCAAGUCGGAGACAACUACUAAUACUGAAGUAGAGAUUAUUAUUAGACUAGUAAAGGUUCAAUGCAUAGUCAUACCUUUAUGAUGCAUAAUUGUCCUUCUUUUGGCCGAUUGAUUUUGAUUAUUUUAAAUAUUAAAAUGAUUGGAGGAAUGUUGUAACAUUUAAUAUUUAAUUAUUAAAUAGGAGUUUUCCUUCUGUAUUUAUCGAAGAGUUUAUCAAAUUGGAUUUGCAAACGUAUUUGACGAGAGGUUAAGGAUUACUUUAUUUAAUUUCAUAUUAAGUUACUAGCUACUUCUUAAAUUCCUAUAAAUACCUCUCAUUUCAACAACUAAUACAACCCACACAAGUUUCUCUAUUUUCUUUUUUUAAAGAGCAAUUGCCAAACGAGAGGUGUUCUUUGUUGUGGAGCUUUGAGCUCAACCCUCUAGUUGCAGAGUGGUUUCAGUUGGGUUGUUGUAUUCUAGAGAGGAUAGAUUAGAUUACAUCGGUUGAUAAAGAAAUAUACACCAAAGAAGGCUUGAACCUCAACCUAAUACAUGUUUAUUUCUCAAUAUUUACUUUAACAACUUUCGUGAUUGAUUAAAGUUUUCUAAACUUGAAUACAUAUCCAAAACAACUGUGUAGCGUGAGAUAAGCAAUAAUAGGACAAAACCAAACAGAAAAUUGAUAGAAAGCGCAAGGCAUGGAGUAAUAAACAACGCGAUCAUUAGACAUAGUCGUCGUUGAAGCAAAAGUCCAUACAAUAAUAUAUAAUUUGAUUUGUCAUUUGUUCCAAAUAAUCACCUUUUUUUUUUCAUUUUUGAUUGGAACUUUUUCAUCAUCUCUCUUUAUGAAGUUAUGGAGAGAGAGACAGAGACAGGUCUAGAAAGAAAAAUAAGAAUCGAAAGGGAUGGAAAUUGACAAUGAAAUCGAUUCAAUUUUAAGAACUUUGAAUCGAUUUAGCAAUCUAAUUUCUGAGUUGACAUUCCGCCUGUGUCCAGGGGUGGAUCCACGUAGAUUUUUUUUUGUUUUUUUUGGGUCUGUUAAAAUAAAAUAUAAUUGAAUUGUCUAUUAAAAAAAAGGUCCGAAUCGCCCUCUACGGCUCCUGUUUGAACUUUGAAGAUACCCUAUAUAAGGUAAGCUAAGGUUGGCUUUGGUUGAUGUUUUGAAAACUGCAUGCCAUUUCAUUUUGGUUCCUUGUAAUGGCGGUUGGAGGGCUGAAGAGGGCAUAUGAGGAGGUGAAAGAUGUUAGUGAGAAGCUACAAUCAAAGCUGCAACAUUGUGGAAGCCAGUUCCAGAACUUCGCUACUGGCUAUCUCCUUCUGGGACGCCUGUUUUUCUCUACCGUCUCUCAAAAUUCUUCUUUAAACUGCCACCAUUGGUGCCUCAUUUUGGCUUUAACUCUUCUGUGUGCCUUGGUUUACUUUUUGCUUUUCCUGGACGCUCUCACUCUGCUCUAUCAGACCCAGAUUCAGAUACACAUGAUUCUUAACAAAUUUGAUGAAAUUGGCCACCAAUUAAUUUUGGAAGCCAAAGAUGAUGAUGAUGUUAAUGUGGAGGCUGGAGAACAGUACUGUAGUGAUGAUUAUGGAUUUGAAUUGGGUUUCUACCGGAAGAUGCUCAUGUUUGAUCAUCUUAGAAUUGUUGGGAUGAAAGUUUACAUCUACAUCACUGCCUCGGCUUUGCUUGCUGUUAUGGCUAUUGAAUUAUGUGUUUCCAAGUACUGGUUGUGCAGGGAUCGGGGUGUGGGGGAUUGAACCAUCGUCAACUUUAAGGAUCAUACAUAUAUAAUAAGAAUGUUUACCUAUUUGAACUAUGCUCGGAUUGAUAAGUAGUAUAUUGGGUGUAAAAUAUGAAAGGAGAUUGUUUCUGGCCAGUUAUUAACACAAUUGGAGCCUUUUUUAUUUAUUUACUUUGUAAUCUUUGUUUGGUUCUCGUGUUCACCUCCCCUUUUGUUGUGGGUUAUUCUUAUCUUGUAGUUUCGUUUGUCUUAAUGAA